UCGCCCUCGCUCGGAGCCGUCCGUCCAGCCAAAGAAGUCAAUGAUAUCGUCACUCAGCUCAUCUGCUUCCACCACGCUCAACCCAGACGUAGCCGACGGUUUCUGGUCUUCUGCGCUUGCGGCCAUGAUCAGCUCCUCUCUCGUCUUUUUCGUAGCUUCUCGCGUUGGCGUCCCCCAAAACUUGCCUUAAUUCUUUGGCGUUUUGAAGUGGGCUUUUUAUAGGGAGGGGAACGGGUUUGCAUUGGAUUCUUUUCCUUGUGCUGAUUCUUUGCUAGGCGCAUCGAUCUUGUGUCUCCGAGAUAUCUUUUAGUUGAUUCGUCCGAUUUCUUGAAACUGGUUUGGUGAACUAGACAUUGCGUGGCGUGUGAGAACUUGGUCGGAGCCAAAGGCGAGAUCUUUCAGAGAGGGUUAUGGCGGCUAGCAAUUGAUUUUUUUUUCUUUAUUGGGUCUUCCGAGGUGGACUUUAUCCAAUCUGCGGAGGCAAGAUUGGAGCUCGAAAUGACAUCUUUCUUUAGGGAUAUGUCUUAUUUGGUUCUGAUUCUGUUGAUUCUAGCACGAUUCUCGCGGGGAUUGGUUUCAGUUUCAAUUUCGCUUCCGACCGUUUUGGAGGUAUGUGGAUAUGAUCAGGUUGGCUAUUUGGGAUCGUCGGAUGAGUACCAACUCUCAAUUAAUGGGCGGUGGAUCGAAGAUCCUUUUUGGAUCUGUGAGGCACUUGAAUCCUACUUCAAGAAUGGUUGCUUCGCCUGUGGUUCCAGUGUGGAAUCAUGGCGAAUGAUAGGAGAGAAGCACUGCAAUCAAGACUUCACUGCAUUAAUUCAUGUCGACUGCAAUACUUCCCCUGCGGACUCAUUCAAACUAGGAGGGAGGAAAACCUUGUUACAGUUAUCAGAAAAUGUGUCUACCCUUAUCCAAGCAGGCAAAAAGGGUCUGUCAGAAGAAGAAAAGCAAGAGUAUACAUUUUCUUCAGAACCACAAAAUAUCCCUUUUGCUGUUCCAGGAAUGCUCCUCCUAUGUUGUGGUGUCCUCUGCCCUUGCUUUCACGCUAAAAGAAAGGAAGAAAGUGAACAUAGUGUUCUAGAUAGGCAGCAGAAUUCAAUGGAUAUAACCUCAUCUAUAGAGCUAAGCACAGCCUCUGAAAAGAUCCCUGCAACUCCAAGAGUGCCUCCUAGCCCGUCUCGAUUUUCAUUGUCUCCUCAAUUGUGCAGAAUUGGAUCAGUACAUCUCAGUAUCGAUCAGAUAAUGAGAGCUACUCAAAAUUUUUCACCUUCACUGAAAAUAGGUGAAGGAGGUUUUGGAACUGUAUACAAGGCUUCAUUGCCAGAUGGUCAAGUUGUCUCAAUUAAGCGAGCAAAGAAGGAACGGAUUUCAUACUUGAAAGAUGAAUUUAGCAAUGAAGUUGAACUGCUUGCGAAGAUUGAGCAUAGGAGCCUAGUAAGGUUGCUUGGUUACACUGAUAAGGGAAAUGAACGCAUUAUAAUUACAGAGUAUGUUCCAAAUGGUACCCUAAGGGAGCAUCUAGAUGGUUUAUAUGGAAAAAUAUUGGACUUUAAUCAACGUCUAGAAAUUGCUAUUGAUGUUGCUCAUGCUCUGACUUAUCUCCAUCUGUAUGCAGAAAAGACAAUAAUUCAUCGAGAUGUGAAGUCAUCAAAUAUUCUGUUGACCGAAAGCUAUAGAGCUAAGGUCUCCGACUUUGGGUUUGCAAGGAGUGGUCCAUCAGACACAGAUCAAACUCACAUCUCAACCAAAGUGAAAGGAACUGCUGGGUACCUUGAUCCAGAAUACCUGAGGACCUAUCAACUCACUCCUAAGAGCGAUGUGUUUUCAUUUGGCAUUUUGCUCAUAGAAAUUAUUUCUGGAAGGCGACCAAUAGAUCUUAAAAGAAAUGUUGAUGAAAGAAUCUCUGUGAGAUGGGCCUUCAGGAAACAUAGUGAAGGAAAUGUUAGGGAUAUAUUGGACCCACUCCUAGAGGAGAAAAUUGACGAUGAGAUAGUCAGCAAGAUGCUUGAUCUGGCAUUUGAAUGUGCUGCUCCAACACGUGCCGAUCGUCCUGCUAUGAAAGAGGUUGGAGAACAGCUAUGGGAAAUAAGAAAAGAAUAUGGCAAAAGCCUGAGGAGAAUGGAGGAAGCUUUGCUCCAGUGAAGGCAGGAUGAUACAGUUUGUUGCUGAAGGAUUUCUGCUGUCCAUGUCUUUGAUCCCUGGAUGAGGUUCUACUUCAAGCUCUCUUUCUCCCUUGUGCCCUGCAAAUUGCUGUACAACCAAGAUUAUUCGUUUCCGAUCGUACUAGGGACCAGCGUAUUCGAUAGGAAUUGUUAUUCUCUACUAUCUUAAGUAGACCUGUUUACCGCAUACAACAAAACCUAUUCUUGUUGCAUAUUUUGAUCAGAUUGUGAAUCGUGCAUGUUCAUCCUACUGCCUUGGGAUGAAUAAUAUUUGUUCUCGGAGAUUUGUCCAUUGUUUGUUGUGCUGUAGUCUGGAAGCCAUCUAGUUUGAGUAUACUGUUCUGGUAAAUGUAAUAUAUGAUGUGGUUGUAACAGUUUUGGACUUCAUUUUCAAUUAAAUGAUGAACCUUUUCAUGAUUAA